GAGAGAAACAUCUGGAAUUUUUGGUCUAGCAAGAACAAAGGCUGGAAUGUGGAGUGUGUGGGGAGCAGCGGUCAGAUAAGAUGCUGAGAAGUUUCCAGAACUAUGUUAAAGAGAGCUGGUCUCAUCCUGCAGGUUCUCCAAUAUUUCCUCAAGGAUUACAGCCUGCAGAAGAACUACAACUGUGGAAUGAGAUAGACGAUGCUUGUUCAUCUUUUCUGUCUGUUGAUUCCCAGACUCAGGCAUCCACUGCAUUGAAGGAGUUUUGCUUUAUGGUGAUGGGAAUUCUACCAAAGCCUUGGGAACAAGAUGAAAAAGAUAAUGCUAAGCGGUUCUUAUUUCAUUAUUCAAAGACACAAAAGUUGGGCAAUUCAAAUGUUGUGUCAUCUGUCGUGCAUCCGUUGCUGCAGCUCGUUCCUCAACUGCAUGAGAGAAGAAUGAAGAGAUUCAAAGUGGACGAAGAAUUCCAAAGUCCUUUUGCAAGUCGAAGUAAAGGAUACUUUUUAUUUAGGCCACGCAAUGGAAGAAGGUCAGCAGGUUUCAUUUAAAAUGAUGCCCACUAAUUUUUCACAGAAACAAUGCUAUGAAAUAAAAAAUGUAAUGACAUUUUGCUUUCUUCUCAAAAACAGUCCUUCCUAAGUUAACUCUGUUGAAAAGUC